AUGCCUAAGCUAACAUUGUUGUCAGGACAGAACAAUGAGAAGGUUCAUGAAGUUCAUGCUAAUAGCGCAGAAAACAAUGAGAAAAAGACAAAGACGACGACAACAACACCACCGAAAUCUUAUGUGCCCACAGAAAUGAUAACUAAAAUCCUUCUAAGUUUACCGGUGAAGCCUCUUAUUCGUUUCAAAUGUGUUUCAAAACCAUGGCUUUCUCUAAUUUCUGAUCCAAUGUUUGCUGAAUCACAUUUUCAACUUACAACACACACUCGUAAAAUUUGGUUCAUAUCAAAUGAUUUACAUCAAACAACAUCAAUAGAUUUCGAAGAACAACUUGACUUAGAGAUUGCUUCUAUUAAACGGUUCGGUUUUUUGCAUCCUCAAGCUAAUUCUCUUAUUCAAAUUAUAAGUUCAUGCAGAGGCUUUAUAUUUUUCUAUUAUUCUUCCAGUUUUUUCAUAAUGAAUCCAUGCACCAAAGUUCACAAACAAAUACCUUUAGCUCCGGAUGAAUUUGAAACAAAUUUAGAGUUAGGUUAUAUUUAUCAUCUAUAUGGUUUUGGAUAUGAUCAGUUAAGAGAUGAUUACUUGGUGGUCUCAUUGUCAUGUAUGAUAGCCGAGGAAGAUAUUUCACGUUUGAAUUAUUUCUCAUUGAAAGAUAACAAAUAG